AUGGCGACUGUUCAAGGAUUUCCCAAGUGGUUACUGAAUUGUAAAGAUGAUAUCACGAAAUCAAAGGAAUGGAGCUCAUUUCUAAAGGAAUUACAUGAUGCUAUACAACAACAACUAACAGAGAGUCAUGUUCAAUAUUUUACUGAUUUAUCUGAACCAGAAAAGGAACUGUUUAUGCUCAGAGCAACUAAGGCUAUAGAAGGAGGUAAUGUGUAUAAAAAUGUAUCAGGAAAAGUUUCCAAUCUGUUAGAUCAACAUCUGAAUAAUGAUGUAGCUAAACAGUUACUAGAGGAUUACCCCAUAGACACCAAAUCAGAUUUAAUUAUAGAAGGUGCAGAAGAAGGGGCAUUAAGUUUAUUGAAAAAAUGGCCAGAAUUCAAAUCCAAACUCCAUAUCUGUCUGAACCAACCUUUACCUCCUACUAUGAGACAACUUGCUUGGAGGCUGUAUCUUAGCAACACUAAAUUUCGUAAAACCUAUUUAGAAUUAUUAAAGACUGAUAGAAAGAGUUGUAUAUCACCACAUGAUCUAGAUAUAUCACGAAAAUGUGAACAACUAUUAUUAUCAGAACCUACAUUUGAUGAGUUGAAAGGUUCAGUAGGAGCAUUUUAUGCAAUGAAGGCUGUUCUAUCAUAUAAUCAUGCUAUACAGAGAAGUAAAACAAGAGUCAGAGAUAUGGACUAUAUGUUAAUUGUUCCUUUUGUUCAAGUUGCUGCUCCUAACUUUUCAAGAAACGAACCAGCACCAAAUCGUGUUGUUGCCAUGUUAGUAGAAGAAUUUUUAACAUUCAAUGAAUCUAAACCAGGUUAUAUAACAGAUUCAGGCUCUCAGACAGACAAUGAAGAAAUGACAGCAUUCUCUAAUAAAGUUUUAGUUAUAUUAGAAAAGUUAUAUCCAGAAAUUCCAAGAAUUAUUGGUUCUGCUUAUGUUCCUUCUCAAGAAAAGACUGAAGCCAGUUCAAAAGCAGUGUUAACAGAAGGUUUAACAAUGUUAAUAAGACCAUUCAUUAGAGCUGUGUUUGUUGGUUAUCUGAAGAUGGAUGUAUUACUCUAUGUAUGGGAUCAGUAUAUAAUUGGACUAGAUAUCCCAGGGUUUGGUACUGAAUGGUUGGCAGUGGUAACAGCUACAUUGUUAGGUUUAUUACAAGAAUAUCUUAAAAACUGUAAUGAUCCAACAGAACUAGAAAACAUAAUAGCAGAAGAAUCUCCAAAAUUGACAAUACCACAGUUUCAAUAUGAGGUGAAGAGACAUCAUUAUAGAGACUUACUUGCAAUGUUAACCAAAGAUCAGAAAGCAGCUAUGCCAGUUUUAGAUCCUACACAAGCAAGCCACCCACCAUGGCGUCACUGGCAUAAUGAUGUCAUACCACCCUUCACUAAACCACAAGAUAGGAGGACUGCAAGAGAAGAAAGAGAGGCUGAAAGAGAGAGGUUAUUGCAGCAACAAAAAGAUGCUAAAAAUUACUUAAGAGAUCAAGAAUAUAGAGAGAAAAGAGAAGAAGAGGAAGAGUACACGAGAGCUGCUGCAGCUGAAAGAUUCCGUGUUGAACAGGAGAGAUUACAAUUAGAAGAUCAGUUAUACCAGGAAAGAAAACUUCGUGAAGAAAAUGAAAGAAGAGCUCAACAGGAAAUAGAAAGAUUACGAAUGGAAGUGGAAAUAUUAAAAUAUCAACAUAAACCUAUGAAAUCACCAACACCAUCUGUAAACAGUUCCAUGUCUUUCAUCAGUCGAGUGUUAUUACCUCCACCACCAACAGCAGCCUCUCAAACUCCAGGUCCUGGUUUACCUGUAAUAUUAGAAUCACCUACUCACACCCCAUCUCGUGGACAGACACCUCGACAGCAGACACAGAAUGUAGUACUGGAUUUCUUAAAUAAAAUUAGAAAAACUGUUGAUAUAGUGUCCCAUGGGGAAGGUGAUGACAGGUUUAUGAUAGAAUCAGAAACAGAUAAAUAUAUUGAACAGAACAUAGCGGACAUUAAACGAGCUGAGGUUGAGGUGUUAGGUCAAAGGUUAAAACCAGGAGAAUUUGAAGCCAUGCCAUAUCAAAAACAACAAGAAAUCAGUGAUGAUAUGAUGGUUUUAAUACAGAAGUGGAGAGAAGAUAGACGUGCUGCUGAACUUAGACAAUCUAGACAAUCUUUAUAG